AUGUCGUCGUCGACUCCGGAACAGCAUCAGCAGCGAGAUAAUAAUGCCAUCACUUCCACCAGCUCUCCUUCGACGUCUUGGUACUCCUGGCUUCCUGCGAUUUCAUCCCCGUUCUCCUCCUCAAAUUCAACCAAUUCUUCGUCCGCGUUUGCGUCGUCGAAUCCUUUAGGCGCGAUGAUGAUGAGCACUUCCUCUUCUCAACAACAACAACAAUCACAUCAACAAAACAGACGCCAAAUUGCGAAAAUGGACCAGGCCAUCGCGAACAGAUUUAAAAAAACCGGAGAGAAGUACAACGUGAAAGUCGUUUUGAGAGGCGAUUCCGCCACUGGGAAAACCGCCUUGUUGAGACGCUUAAGAGGAGGCGAUUUCAUCUCCGAGUACCAGCCGACGAACGAGAUAAAAACCGCGCACGUGGAGUGGAAAGCGAAAGGAUCUUUACGAGACGAAAUCAUGUUGGAAGUGUGGGACGUGGUGGAUAAAGCGAACGCGAGGAAAAUUUCGGAGAGUUUGACGUUGGCGCAUAGGGCGGCGUUGAUGAACGGGCCGGUUGGCGAGGCCAACGGAGGGAUCGAAGAAGGCGCGCACACGUUCCCGCUGGACGCGACUAUGAUUGAUGUGUAUUCAAACGCACACGCGGCUAUAUUUUGCGUAGAUCCGAGUAAGAAGUGGACGUACGAGUACGUGUUGAGGGAGAUUGAGAAAGUACCGACGCAUUUGCCGGUGGCGAUUUGCUUGAAUUUUAGAGAUUACCCGGCGUCGAAGAGGAUUUUGCACAUAGACGACGUCGAGCAGGAAGUGGCGAGAUUGUUUUCUGAGACCAGGCCAAUCCGACCGUUUGUAUUUGAGACGAGCAUGUUGAAUAAUUUCGGGUUGAAAGCGUUGAGCACGUUUUUACACGUCCCGUUUUUGUGUUUGAAACGCACGAAUUUGGAGAGUCAGUUGAAACAGAAUACGUCGCACAUAGUUCAAGCGCAAGAGGCGUUGAGGACGAUGAAAACGUCGGGCUCGUACGAGCAACAUCAGAGAAAGAUUGAAGAUUCUCACGAGGCGAAGAUGGCGCAUGAACGAGGUAACGUCGGGGGUGGUGAAGCACCUUCGGCGGGAGUCGCGGCGCCUGCGACGGUGCGAAAGCAAAGUAGUUUUAGCGGCGGUGGUGGUGGUGGUGGUAGUAACAAGGAUAAAGAUGAAGACGCGCUUACGUUUGCGAAGCUAUCAAACACAAAGAUUGGUGAAGUUCCAUUGGUUUUAGCUUCGGCGGCGAUAUCGUCGGCGUACGCUGGCGUUUCAGCUGUCGCUGCUCAAACGCCCGCGGAGCUUGCCGAAAAUCUCGCGAAGAACGCUAAACAGUUUGCGACGCUUGGUUUAGCCGGAGAGGGUAAACAGAAAAACUCAAACUUCAAAGAAUCGACCGAAGAGGAGUUGAAGGUGAAGGUGUUGCCACAGUUUUCGCAUUUGCCCGGCGGAAAAGUAAACGCCGUCGGCGGGAAGCAAAUUGAAGAACCGCUCGGCGCGAUGGAAAAGCUCAUUUUGGACGCGGCGGAAAAGAAGAAUGGAGGCAAAGACGACUUUUUCGACGACGACGACGACGACGAUAGCGAUAAUGAUCGAAACGGAAGAGACUGGGACGAAGACGGAACGCCGAAAAAGUCCACUGCGAUUCGUAUGGAUGGAUGGGACGAUUCAGACGACGACGACGAUGACGAUGAUGAGAAGACGAAGAAAGUGAGUUCGCCAACGAGCGCGGAGUUUAUUCGAACCGUUCCAAAAACGGACCCGUUCUUUGGAGGCUCCAAAUUAGUGAAGACGCCCGCCGAUAAGGCGAAAGAUGCCGAAGAGGUGCGGUUGAGAAGACAACGCGAAGAAAUAGCCACGAGUGCUGGUUUGAAAAGUGGCGGCAAAGACGACGACGAAGAGGAGAUCGACCAACUGGCGAAAGCUUUCGAGUACGAGGAAGUGAAAGAUCCAAACUCGAUCGAUUCUUUUGCAGACGCUUUGCAGCCGACGCUCGGGUUUAAAACCAAGAACUCUCAGAGCAUGUCUUCCACGGAUUCUGUCUCGAAGAAAAAGAAGGAAAAGAAAGAGAAGAAGGAGAAAAAAUCAAAAAAAGCCUCCAAGUGA